AUGCCGUUUGGUAUCUUGGAAUGCGAUGGGGAGGGUUUUGUCCCUGGGACUGUUUUCUUGGGCGGUACCAAACUGGAAAGUAGUCAAACGCCAACCCAACUGUUAAAGAAAGGUAAAGGGAAAUAUUCUCAGGUUAUUCUCUCACCACAACCUUCGGACGAUCCAAAUGACCCACUGAAUUGGCCACAGUGGCAAAAAGAGUCCAUACUUCUUAUAGUUGGGAUGUCUGCAGCGGUUGCUGGUGCUUUUGGUCCCAUGCUUUCCCCUGGAUUUGUGCAAAUCGCAGCAGAGCUUGAUGUUCCUGUCAGCAUGCUUGCACAAGCUACAAGCUGGAUGAUUCUGAGCAUUGCACUAUCGCUUUUUCUUCUUAACCCCUUGGCUAAGAUUUACGGGAAAAGACCAAUAUAUGUCUUUGCGAUUAUAGUUCUGUUCAUCAGCUCUAUCAUUGGAGGAGCUGGCUCAAGUUACAACGACCUUUUGACUAGCAGAAUCCUCUGUGGAUUUGGCCUCGCGCCUUAUGAGAUUCUGAUGCAAUGCACGAUUGGCGACUUGUAUUUUGUUCAUGAGAGAGCCACUCGAAUCGCGUUCUGGAAUCUCUGUCUCCUACUAGGUAUCUCUGCGGGAUCGCUCAUUGCAGGGUACAUCAUUGAUAGUGCAGGAUGGCACUGGUGUUUUUGGAUCUGUGCGUUAUUAUAUGGUGUCCUAGGAGCUUUGGUUAUAUUAUUCGUCCCAGAGACCGCAUACAGCAGGCCUGAGACCACAAACCUCCAGCGACAAAACAGUGGUUCUGGUUACCUGAAACCCAAGGAGAACCUCCAUGAAGCAGGCAUCGAACAGAUUGAAUACCAGGAUUGCGAGGAUAAUGUGGCAAGGAUGCCUCUUGGUACUACACCCUCCGACAAUACACCACGGCGUAUGCCUUACCUGAAGUCUAUACGACUUUAUUCCGGCCGCUACACCAAUGCCCCAUUCUUGAAGGUAUUCAUCCGUCCAUUUAUCCUUUUCUGCUAUCCGGCAGUUUUUGCAGCUUUCCUAAUAUACGGAACCAUGAUUACAUGGGUUGUCAUCUUUACCGUAGUCAAUGGGGUAAUAUUUGUUGCACCACCCUACAACUUUACUACAUCACAAACCGGUCUGGUUUCGUUAUCACCGCUAAUAAUGUCACUUAUUGGUGAAAUUAUUUCCGGUCCUUUAAAUGAUUGGGUAUGUUUAUAUCUUGCCCGGAAAAAUAACGGCAUUUACGAGCCGGAAUUUCGACUCGCAAUGAUGGCUAUUGUCGCCAUACUCGGCACCGUCGCAUUCUACGGUUUCGGGGCCACUAUCCACUAUGAAACUCAUUGGUCUGGACCUGUGAUCACAUAUGGAGUUACCUACAUGGGCUUAGCAUUUGCGUCUACCUGCCUGUUUGGAUAUGUCAUUGACAGCCAUCCUACCCUAAAUGAGGAGGCAUUUGUGGCAAUCAAUGCCCGGAAUAUCCUAGCUUUCGGUGUCACGUAUUUUGUAGAGGGUUGGUUGGAGAAUAGUGGAGCUCUAAACGUGUUUAUCGUAUUAGGAAGUAUCUUUCUAGGGGCAUCUGCGCUAGCAAUUCCUCUAUGGAUAUUUGGAAAACGAUGGCGGAGAUGGAUUUGGAAUAACCAGCGACUACAAGAGUUGAUGAGCGAUUAA